AAAUAUGGAAAAAGACACGCUGCGCUCUCAGAGUCUCUCCACACGCUCUCGGCGAGACACAAAACGAGCCUUUUCCUUCAAGAUGUCACCUAGACACGACCUGAAAGAGUCCAGCAAGAUAUGAAGAUUGUGUGCUACGAGUUUAAUUUGAUUUGUAGAGUUGAAGAAAUCAUUCCAGCGAGAUAGCUCCACCGACUUCUGUCUUACUUUUAUCCUUUUGAAAAGAGCGACAGCUAGAGUAGGUGAAGAUUUUCCAAACACCGACCACAACAGUAUUUUGAACGACAGCUGGACGCCAGACUGAUCAUCUUUAAAGGCGAAGUUUGUCACCAUGAGUUCCGACAAGAAAGUGGAGGAUGAGGCAGUCCUGGACAGAGGAGCAUCCUUUGUUAAACAUGUCUGCGAUGAGGAGGAAGUGGAAGGUCACCACACAGUGUACAUUGGUGUGCAUGUUCCCAAGAGCUAUCAACGGAGGAGACGCCACAGACGCAAGUCUAGCCACAAGGAGAGGCGUGAGCGAGCUGACCACAGCACGGAAGGAUACAAGUUGGAUGGAGAGAAUGCAGAUGAAUCCACCACAAAUGUCCUCAAACCUCUCAUUUCUCCAGCUGAGAGGAUCAGGUUUAUCCUGGGAGAAGAGGAUGAUGGUCCCCCACCUCCUCAGCUCUUCACUGAGCUGGACGAGCUGCUGUCUGUGGACGGGCAGGAGAUGGAGUGGAAGGAGACAGCGAGAUGGAUCAAGUUUGAGGAGAAGGUGGAGAAGGGUGGCGAGCGCUGGAGUAAGCCUCAUGUGGCCACUCUGUCCUUGCACAGCUUGAUGGAACUCAAAACGUGCAUCGAGAAGGGCACCAUCAUGCUGGACCUGGAGGCCUCCACGCUGCCACAGCUCGUCGAGUUGAUCACCGACAACCAGAUUGAGUGUGGUCAGCUGAAGGCGGACCUGAAGGAGAAGGUCAUGUACACCUUGCUACGAAAGCAUCGCCACCAGACCAAGAAGUCCAACUUGCGCUCCCUUGCUGACAUUGGCAAGAGUGUUUCCAGUGCAAGUAGGCUGUUCACCAACCAGGAGAAUGGUAGUCCAGCUACUGCCCACAGAAACCUCACCUCCAACAGCCUGAGUGACUUCUCUGACAAACCAGAGAAGGAUCAGCUGAAGAAUAAAUUCAUGAAGAAACUGCCCCGUGAUGCAGAGGCAUCAAACGUGCUGGUUGGAGAGGUAGACUUCCUCGAUACUCCCUUUGUGGCGUUUGUCCGUCUGCAGCAGGCCGUCAUGCUGGGGGCUCUGACUGAGGUCCCGGUGCCCACAAGAUUUCUCUUUGUCCUGCUGGGCCCCAAAGGUAAAGCAAAGUCCUAUCAUGAAAUCGGAAGAGCCAUUGCCACCCUGAUGUCAGAUGAGGUGUUCCAUGAUAUCGCCUAUAAAGCUAAGGACAGGCAGGACCUGCUGGCUGGCAUUGAGGAGUUCCUUGAUGAGGUCAUCGUCCUGCCCCCUGGAGAGUGGGAUCCUGACAUCAGGAUAGAGCCACCCAAGUCCCUGCCCUCCUCCGACAAGAGGAAGAACAUGUAUGCCGGAUUAGAGGCGCCACAGAUGAACGGCGACACUCCGCAUGAUGCGGGACAUGGAGGAGGAGGAGGACAUGAGGUUGGAGAGGAACUUCAGUGGACCAAAAAGUUCUGUGGAGGUCUUGUCCUGGAUAUCAAGAGGAAGCUGCCAUUUUUCGCCAGUGACUUCUACGAUGCAAUACAUAUCCAGUCUCUGUCAGCCAUUUUGUUCAUCUACCUGGGCACAGUCACCAAUGCAAUCACUUUUGGAGGCCUGCUUGGCGAUGCUACAGAAAACAUGCAGGGAGUGUUGGAAAGUUUCCUGGGUACGGCACUGACAGGAACAGUGUUUUGUCUGCUGUCCGGUCAACCCCUGACGAUUCUCAGCAGCACAGGCCCGGUGCUUGUCUUUGAAAGACUCCUUUUCACCUUCAGCAAAGACAACGAGUUAGACUACCUUGAGUUCCGGCUGUGGAUCGGCCUGUGGUCGGGUAUAUUCUGUCUGCUGCUGGUCGCCACAGACGCCAGCUUCCUGGUGCAGUACUUCACACGCUUCACCGAGGAAGGCUUCUCUGCGCUCAUCAGCUUCAUCUUCAUCUAUGACGCUUUCAAGAAGAUGAUAAAGCUGGCCCAUCACAACCCGAUCAACUCAAACUACGAUCCCAACCUCGUCACUCAAUACGACUGCAUCUGCAUGCCAGGCAACUCAUCAGACCCCCUUGAUGUUUCUGCAUGGGCAAACAGUACUGAAGUGCCAGCAAAUGCCACCUGGGCGUCUCUGACCAAGGAUCAGUGUCUGAAGUACAAAGGGCAGCUGGUCGGAGAGAACUGUGGCUAUGUGCCUGACAUCACCCUGAUGUCCCUCAUUUUGUUCUUUGGGACCUACACCUGCUCCAUGGCUCUGAAGAAGUUCAAGACAAGCCGCUUCUUCCCCACCACAGUGAGGAAGCUCAUCAGUGACUUUGCGAUCAUCUUGACCAUUUUGGUCUUCUGCGGCGUGGAUGCCUUUGUCGGUGUGGAAACUCCAAAGCUCAUAGUGCCAAGUGAAUUCAAGCCCACAAGUCCACUGAGGGGCUGGUUUGUUCCUCCUUUUGGAGGCAACCCUUGGUGGGUGUACCUGGCUGCCGCUCUUCCUGCUCUGCUGGUUACCAUUCUGAUAUUUAUGGACCAGCAGAUCACUGCUGUGAUUGUCAACCGGAAAGAACACAAACUCAAGAAAGGGGCAGGGUACCACUUGGACCUGUUCUGGGUGGCUGUCCUGAUGAUUGUCUGCUCUUUCAUGGGCCUGCCGUGGUACGUGGCUGCCACUGUCAUCUCCAUCGCCCACAUCGACUCCCUGAAAAUGGAGACCGAGACGUCGGCCCCUGGGGAGCAGCCUAAAUUCCUGGGCGUCAGGGAACAAAGAGUCACUGGUAUCUUUGUGUUCCUCCUGACGGGACUCUCUGUCUUCAUGGCCCCUAUCCUCAAGUUCAUUCCCAUGCCUGUGCUCUAUGGUGUGUUUCUCUACAUGGGUGUGGCGUCGCUCAAUGGUGUCCAGUUCAUGGACCGCUUGCAGCUGCUCCUGAUGCCAGCCAAGCACCAGCCGGACCUGAUCUACCUGCGGCACGUCCCCCAGAGACGCAUCCACCUUUUCACCUUUAUCCAGGCCUUGUGUUUGGCCCUCCUCUGGAUUCUCAAGUCCACCGUGGCUGCCAUCAUCUUUCCUGUCAUGAUCUUGGCAUUGGUUGCUGUUCGUAAGGCAAUGGACUACGUGUUCUCACAGCAUGACCUCAGCUACCUGGAUGAUGUCAUCCCAGAGAAAGACAAGAAGAAGAAAGAGGAUGAGAAGAAAAAGAAAAACAAGAAGAAAGGAAGCAUUGACAGUGAAAUUGAGUUUUCUGACUACCCCUACCAUGACAAUGUCCCCAGCAUAAAAAUCUCUAUGGAUAUGAUGGAGCAGGAGCCCAUGUUGGGUGAUAAAUCUAUGGAUAGAGAUGAAUCCAAGACUUUCCUUAACCCGCAUUCGUCGUGCUGAGCACUACUUUGAGUCUCCCACAGUGGCCGAGUGAUCUCGACAGAGGUUCAUACACAAAAGGUUCGCCUCAAAUUCGCAUAGGCAGGAACUCUGAGGAUAACACUUUCCUCUGGAGGAAGAACUCUGAAACAGAUCUGUGAAGGAAUUAUUUAAAGAUACAGAAGAACCAGCACAAACAUCCUCUUUUGUAAUAUAGUACUGAUUCGUAACAGUAUUUUUUUUUAAAUAUUUCCUGUGUAAGGAUUUAAAUCAGAACAGCUGGAAGUAUUUGUCUUAAAACUGAAACACUUUGGUGGUACUGAAUUUUAAUAAGGGCUGACACGGGGUAUGUUGGAGCUUCAUCCACAUGAGUUCUUGCAGAAAACAAAAGGGCUACUCAAGGUCAUCUUAAUGCAGUUUUUAUGGGACAUUAAUACUUUAAGAAUGUAUAUGCUAAUAAUUUAUAAAAAACUGUCCAACUAAAGAUGUUUUAUCAUAAAAGAUGUCCAGGAUACAGUAGAUUUAUAGAAUACAGAUGGUGUUCCCCAUAGUUUUUAUUUUUAUGUUUUAUCUUCUCUUCCAAAUAAUCCCAAACACAAACCAGCCUCUCUUCUGAUAGUACUGUUUUUAAUAUUGUGAUUUUUUAUGUUCCUUGUAGAAUUAAAAUCCCAACUACUGGAAUCUUAAGAUUAAAACAUACUGUAGUGGAGGUACUGCAUUUGAAGGCAAGUCAAGGCGAUACACAUGAGAAAUCCCACUUAACUUAUAGUGAUCAAAAGGGCUACUAAAGGCCAUCGGUGCACAGUUAUUUGCAGGUAUUUAUUUUAUAUUUACGGGCAUAUAAAUUAUUUAAAAAGCAUCCAUCCAAGGCUGCAUACUCACAGAACACAACCAGAAGAUCAUGUAAGAAUACCAUGUUUGUUUCAGUAUGGUAAGAAGUAAAUGGUUUAACACCAUACGGACUGGAACUUUUUUCCUUUUUUUCCUUCUUCCUUUUUCUAUAUUUAUUAUAUUUAAACUCUCUGCAAAUGAAUUUGCUGUUUGAACAUUAAGUAUGGCUUUACCAUUAAACUUCCCCAUUUGUGCAAAUUUGACGAUAUUCUUUCAGUGGUCUGUAUCCACUCAGCUGUCUUUUCCCUGUUUAAGGGAGAUGUAGAUGUAUUAUACCUGUAUGUAGCUCUACCUCUUAUGUUUCUGUAGGUGCCAGGCAUUAUAUAUUCAGCACAUCUGUUGUGCAAAUUAUAAUUUUUUUGAUCAAACACUGAUUUAUUUUAUUGUUUUUUUUUUUCAACUGGCACUGCAUAGGAUCUCUGAAUCUCUUCUUGGAGUUCCUUUUUGCUCUGUGACACUUAAGAUAUUGUAUUUUUUUGUUUGUCAACGUGAAAUAAUUAUGUAUGAAUUUGCAGUUUUGUCCCAAAAGCAAAAAACAUUUGAGAUUUUGUUUCCACCAGUUUCUCACUUUUUUUUUUUUUUUUUUUUUUUCCUUGGCUUUCAGUUUCCCCCCAAAUUCAAUACAUGAAACGUGCUAAGGUUGGGGGGAAGGGAUGGCCUGUAUUGUUAUCCCACACUUGACUGUGAACUAAACCCUAAAAGCCUAUUUGAAUAUUCCUUUUUAAAAUGUGAUCAUAUUUAAAAGCUGUUGUGAUAAAUGUGAUUAAUUUUCAAUCUUUGAGGAAAUUCUUGUUUGUUUUUUUAAUCAUGUAAUGUGUGUGUUUUUAUAAAAUGCAAAUCAACCAACAAUCACUGUGAGGCAAUGCAACGUUGUGACUUCCAGCCCUGGAAGAACUACCGCUUUAUAGUAUACAGGGUAAAAAAAUGUUUGAGCAACAGCUUCACUUUAAAAUUCAUAUUCUUCUUUGACACUAUUUUUAAUGCAUCAUUAUCUAAAUUCCAUUUAGUGACAGAUUGAUGUCUUAAAUUUUAAUCGUUAAUCAUUGUUCUGUGUUACACACUGUAACUUAAACUAAUUCAGUUGAUUUAGGAUAUUAAUUCAUAUAUGAAUGUAAUACAUCUCAAUCAUUUGAAAUGCAUAUAAGGACAUGAACAAUCAGCACUGCUUCUGAUUUGUAGUGCAAAGAAGGGCUUUAAUGAAUGCUUUCACAAUCACAUCAAUAUGCUGUCAAGAUGUGAAGCACAAGACUGAAGUUGCUUCCAGUCAACACUUUGAACCAAAAAUCAAAAACCACAUUGUCUUCCACUUUGUUCUGUAAUCUGUAUAUCUUGACUUUUUGACUCUCUGGUUCUGAUUCCGCAAUUAAUGUCAUAUUUUUGAUGUUAAACCAAUUUUAUACAAGCAUCUUAUGUGCUCAAUAACCAUAGAUUACUCAGAAGGAAGCAGAUGGUGGUGUUUUUUAUGGAGUAGUGUUUUGAAUGAGAGCAAUAAAACAAUCCAAAUGAUUCUUAAA